UGUGCCCACGGCCUCAGUCGUGGUCAUUAAAAAAAAGCCUUCAAGUCGCAUGGGUGGUAAUGGCAGCCUUACGAGAGAUUUUUUUAGGUGGUUUUAGUACUACGCGCAUCACGUUUUUUGGUACUAGUUUUUUAUCAAGUAACAGUGCUGGAUAUCUUCAAUCGCAGGUAAGACAGUAUGCAGCUAGAAGAGGAACAAGAGAAAAAGCAAGGAGAAAUAAGAUCAAGAAAGAGGUGGUCAAGCUCACCCUAGCUGACAAAAUUCGGCGGUCGAAAAAAGAUAUCAUUGUUAAGCCUGCUGCCUUACGCUUUGGAGAUCAUUUUUUGCCGGAAGCUAGUGAUAAUGUAUACUUUACAAAGUAUUAUGCGGUUAAAAAGUACUCCUUUGAGGAAGCCUUAAAUUGUCACAGAGAAUUACUUCAUCCCACAAUAUUAAACGGACCGAAAUCAAUGGUUCUAAUCUUUGCAGAGCUUAACUUUGAGGGAGUAAAAAAAAACAAGCCAGUUGAAGCCUUUCAUAAGAUAGUUCCUGUAACUCAUACGUUUGAUCAUGGGGAAGAUAGAAAAAUAUUGGUGUUUUGUAAAACUGAGGAGCAAGUGGCUGAGGCUUUAGCUGCAGGGGCUGCUCUUGCUGGAGGAGAGGAUGUUGUGAAACUCAUUGUAAAUGGAGAAAUAUCAGUUCAUUCUUAUGACACAAUCUUGGCUCAUCCAACUAUGCUGCCCGUCAUUUUAACCAUCAGAGGCUUGUUGAAAAAAAAACACCCAAGUUUUAAAACAGGAACUUUGUCAAAUGACAUAAAGCAGAUGAUCCAUUCUCAUAUGCAUGGAAUAAAAUAUACUGCUAAGGCGUACGACCAGUUCCCAAUGUAUGGGAAAACAACUAUGGCUAUAGGAACGCUGGACAUGGAUAUAAAACAGUUGGAGGAAAAUUUUCAAGAUGUUCUAAAUUCUCUUAUGUCAGCAAAACCAAAACGACCAGGUUGCUUCAUCACAAGAGUUACAAUUCUGUGUUUACCUUCCCCUGAACGAUUCAAGAUUGAUAUUUCACCUUAUAUCAAGGAAGAACAAACUGCAGAAGUUCCAGGACAUGAUGCUUUAGAUGAAGAAGAUGAGGAAGACAGUGCUGCGGUGGCUCUUUCUGUUUAGAUUCGAUUGCUUAUCUGUUAUGUGUACAUAUUAGUAUAAUGUUUUAUAAGUGUAAUUUUUUGUUUAUGUUUGUUCUAAAUCAACUAAUACUUCUGAAAUAAUAUAGCUUUUGGAACUUUAUUAUAAA